AAAAGAGCAUAAUGAAAACCAAUAAAAUGUAGAUCCCUGCACAUUCCAGAGAGUCAAAGAACAGAAGUAACCAAAUAAGCAACGCGCACGCAGAGGCGACCAGCCGCCGGCUUCAGACGCGCCUUCGAGAGCCGAAGCGGGACAGUCUGAGGCGUCGACUCCAGCUGUUCGGCAUACCGACGAGCGGCCAGAGUCGACGCCGGUUCCGGCUUCGUCGCCGGCUGCCCUCAAGGUCAUGCUUCUCUAUCCGGCCUCCUCGUUGGCCACUCAGGGCGACGCCGGCUGCAGGGACGCCGAUGCGAGGACGGCGCGCCGCAGCGCCGAGGCUGCGCCGUCCUUUUCCGAAAUCGGGAGGAGCCUGAGCCGCCGGCGGGAGACGUCCCUGCCGAACCUGACGGCGGUGCCCGGCAAGUCCGCCCUGGCUGGACGUGGCGCGGGCCGCACGGCGUCGCUCUCCUCCGCGACGGACAGGCGCGCCCGCUUCCGCGAUGCCCCCAUCGCCGAACUGGUGCUGCUUAGUCUGACGCAGCUUUCGUCCGGCAAGAGGAGCGCGGCACUGACACUGACGGCGGCGGCCGCCGCCUCGGCAACCAUGGUGCUGGCCGCCAUCAUAAUUUACGCGCUCUUCGCGCACUCGGACGCCGAGGAAGACGCGCCCGAGUCCGCGGGGUGCACUAGCGCCGACUGCCGACACCACGCGGCGCUAAUCACCAAUCGCCUUAACCUGAGCCUGGACCCGUGCCACGACUUCGCCGCGUUUGCCUGCUCGGCCUGGUCGCCGCCGGCGACGUGGCAGCACCGAGAGUUCCCUUCGGCGCGCGACGACGUCGUGCUCGCCUGGGCGCGCGACUUCGAGAACACUCUGGUCACGGGCUCCAGGUAGAGCGAAUCCACGUGCCUCUCAAAGUGCCGAUUGUUGAGGAAUGA